AUGACGGUGGCAUUUGGCACGGUUGUGUCUGCGAGGGCUGUUGAAAGGAGUGAUCGCUCAUUUCAACAACCAAUAACUGAUCCCUCUUUGCCUCGUCCAAAUCCUUCGUCUCAAUUUUGCAUUUUUACGCCAUCACUUCCAAUGCCACCCGCUUCCUUCACAUCCACACUUCCUUCAUCUCUACACCAUCAUCUCCCAAACGUCCUCCUCUCCAAUUCAUUCUUCAACUCGAAUCUCCCAGCUUCAGGCUCCACGGUUCCCAUGAUUUCGAGUCUGUCUCUCUCCGAAGAAACUGGCGAUGCUUCUCUUCAAGGAAUCUUCCUCGGUCUCGUCUACACACCCAGUAGCAGCAAAUCUUCCUCCCCACCUCCUUCAACCUCACUCCCAAAACCGCAAGAAUCAAAAUCCCAUCGCUGUUCUCGACCUCCUAAAUCCAAAGUGGAUACACAAGACGAUUUCGAUAAAUCGUGGAGUCAUGUUAGUAAUCAUGAAAUUCGUUCCCCUAUCUUGUCGGUACCGCAGUCAACUCCCUCUAUGGAGAUGAGAAGAUGUUUUACAGAAGCGGUGGAAGGGAUCAGGGGGAGUGAAAUGGUGGAGGGAUGGACUGUGUAA